CCGCGACUCCACUCUCGUCGCCUUCCCUUUCUCUCCAUUCACCUCCCCUCACACUCCCUCAAACCACCUGCAAUCACUCCAGCAUCUCUCUCUUUCUCUCGCCCGCACCCUCGCCGACCAUCUCUUUCUCGAAACAGCUCCUCAUCCCUCCUUCUCAUCCAUACCCCUCUCCUCCCCCAGGCACCAAUGUACGAAGACACCCCCUACCCAACCGACAUUCGAGAGUACCUCUACAAGAUCCUGGUCAUCGGCGACCUCAGCACCGGCAAGACCUCCAUCAUCAAACGCUAUGUCCACAAUAUAUUCUCCAUGAACUACAAGUCCACGAUUGGAGUUGACUUUGCCCUCAAGGUCAUUCAGUGGUCACCCGACACCGUCAUCAGGAUGCAGCUCUGGGAUAUUGCUGGCCAAGAAAAGUUCUCUGGAUUGACUAGGGUAUAUUAUAAGGAAGCAGUUGCCGCAUUGGUGGUCUACGAUGUCACUCGCCCAAAAACAUUCGAAGCAGUGCCCAAGUGGAAGUCAGAUCUGGACACGAAGGUCUCGCUGCCCGGCGGAGAGCCGAUCCCUGUCGUGCUUCUUGCCAACAAGAUCGAUUUGCAGGAAGAAGGCUCGGCUAGUCUCGACGAAGAAGAGAUGGACAGAUUUUGUGAAGAGAAUGGGAUCCUCAAAUGGUUUGGAACAUCGGCCAAGGACAACAGCAACAUUGAUGAUGCAGCCCGGUUUCUGCUGGAGGAGAUCAUGAACCGGGAGGUCGAACACGCAAAUCAACAGGCUCAGGAUGCAGCAGCGAUGGCAGGCAGGAUCCAAUUGAACCAGCCAAGUGCAAAGGAAGGAUGCUGCUGAUAAAUUAAACAAGGAUACAUUAUGGCAAAACGCUCAGUAUUGCUUCCCUCCGAUCUUGCCAAACAACCUUUUAUACUUCUUCCUGUGUACA